AUGCUUGCAAUCUGGCACGUGCACCGAUUUGGUCAAUGGUUACGUCUGCGCGUGCCCGGAUGGUUUCCAAGGCGACCGUUGCCAGACGGAUAUCCAGGAGUGUGUCAGCCGGCCGUGCAUGAACGGCGGGGCUUGCGUGGACCUUGUUGCGAGCUACCAGUGCAAUUGUCCAGCAGGUUAUGCGGGAACAACUGCGAGAUUCAGAUCAACGAAUGUGUUAGCAAUCCCUGCAGGAAUGGAGGUCAGUGUCAGGACCUGAUAGCAGGCUACCGCUGCACUUGCCCGUCCAACUACGCCGGCCCGACCUGCGACAUCUUCCUAGACGUCUGCUCCUCCAACCCCUGCAAGAACGGCGGCUUCUGCCUCAACACCGGUGAGGGCCAGUUCACGUGCACCUGCCUGCCGGGCUUCAUCAGCAUGCAGUGCGAGCAGGAGGUGAACGAGUGUGAGAGUGCACCGUGUCAGAAUGAAGGAAACUGCGUGGAUCUGGUCAAUGGGUACCAGUGCAUGUGUGCUGCUGGCUACCUAGGCAACAAUUGUCAGCUUGAAAUCGACGAAUGCCAGUCCAAUCCCUGUCUGAAUAGCGGCACCUGCACCGACGCAGUCAACGGAUACACCUGCGCAUGCACCACCAACUGGGCCGGCACCACGUGCGAGAUGCAGUCCCGCUGUGUGAACAAUCCGUGCCAGAACGGCGCCGUCUGCAACGAGCCGGCGGGCGGAGGGACUGGGAACGCCGUCUGUAUUUGUCUGGAUGGUUUCACAGGGGGGUUGUGUGAAACCGAUGUUGAUGACUGCGUGGGGAACCCUUGCGGAGGACAAGGAACUUGUGUUGAUGGUGUGAACAGUUUCACGUGCGAGUGUGCAUUUGGAUAUGCUGGUGAUACGUGUAAUGAGGUGCGUAAAAAUGCUUGCUGCAGAUAA